AUGGAGUUUCACUCUCUUCCCAAACUCUACCUUCUUCUUACCCUAUCCAUUCUCUUUCUGUCAUCUUUCCAGGCACAAGCUACUAUUAAAAUCUCCUAUUGUGAUAAGAAGACAGACUAUGCUGUGAAGGUGUCUGGAGUUGAUAUUUCACCAGAUCCUGUGAAGAGUGGCCAUCCGGCUACCUUUAAGAUCUAUGCUAGUUCAGGUAAAUCUAUUUAUGGUGGAGAGGUGGUAAUUGGAGUUUCAUACGUUGGGGUGCCUGUCCAUACAGAAAGCAUUGAUCUUUGUAAAGAAGUAAAAUGCCCUGUUGCUAAUGGCAAUUUUGUGAUUUCACACACUCAAACAUUGCCUGCAAUCACUCCACCGGGACCUUACUCUCUGAAGAUGACACUGAAGAAUGAUCGGGAUGAGUUGUUGACUUGCAUCAAGUUUAACUUUAAGAUCGUUCUUGGAUCUCUUGUGUCUGAUAUGUGA